AGAAAGUUACUAGCACUCAACUUCUAGCUGAUAGCUAAGACGGAUCACAAGUCGUUUGAAAAUCUGUUUUGUUUAUACAUAUACAGGCAACUUUCAAAAUAUUCAAAAUUUGUACUUCUUUUUAACUGUUAUUUCGAAUAUCGAUUCUUUAUACAUAAUUGUUUUGCCUGAUCGGCGGUACAAUGAAAAAUGGUGAGCGAGGAAGUGAUAGAAUUUAACAAGAAACUACAACCAGUUUUCAAGAAUCCAAUUUUUCAACAGAAAUUUCGGCCUACUAGUACCGCUGGAAAGAAACGAACUUGGCGUUCUCUCAAGCAAGUUUUGGCUCAGGAACGUGCAUUGCCAUGGCCGGUGGAAAUAGUACAUUAUAGUUCUAUUAAUGCACCGCCAAGCUUCAGACCAGCAAAGAAAUAUUCGGAUAUUUCUGGAUUACCCGCCCGAUAUACAGAUCCACAGACUAAAUUAUACUAUGCAACUGCUGAAGAAUUUGCAACAGUUCGAAGUCUACCAAUGGAUAUAACUGCCGGAUAUCUAGCGUUACGCGGCGCCUCCAGUAUUGUUGGAUAAAUAAAUUGAUAAUUUUAAUUUCUAUCAGUUUUUUAUAUUUAGAUAGUAAUUUUACUUAUCAUGGUUAUUUUAGAGUAAUGAACAUAACUUAAUAUAAUAAUAAUAACAAUAAUAAUAAUUAUAAUAUACUUAUAUAAUAUAAUUAUUAUUAUUAUAACUUAAUAUAUGAGCUACAGAUUAAGAGUUUGGGGAACCUUUAGAAAGUAUGUUACUGUUUGUUUUGUCGACCACUGUACUUAUUUUACUUUGAUAGUUUUUCGCGCACCUUAUUUGCUCGUUUGCUACUGCAACAUGAACUGUCGGCAAAUUUGCAAAACUGAUUUGUAAUUGAAAAUACAAAUAGCAUGGCCUACUGAAAUACAGCCUGGUGGUGCACUAUUCUUAGGUCGCCAUUGGUUUUAUACUUUUUUUUUUUUUU